CGUGUCUUUGGGUCGGUUGUAGCUGCAAGGGACAUGUGGGUCCUGUAGCCAGAGAAAGGGAAGUUGUGAGGGAGACUUGGGGGUCAGGGCAACGUAUGGGACUGUUUUAGGGGGAGGAAAGUCAGAAUUUUGGUUUAGCAUAGCACUAAGGGAAACGGUGUGGCAAGAACCGCUUCUUUAAAACUUUUGGUUUUUGCAGUAGGUGACAGGAAGUAGAAGACUGUGAUAUUAACCAUGAUAUAUUUUAGGGAAAUGAUCAACUGUGCUUAAAGGUGAAGCUUGGCACUGUACUUGCACAUUUUGAUUUCAUCGUUUUGUUGUGCAUAUGCUGGGCAUUAAGUUUUUAGUCGUGCGUUGCGGUUGUGACGCUGUCACCAUUGGAGAUAAGUAGCGUAAAAUUUCAUUUGUAUUCCUCUCAUUUUCGCCCAACGGUGGAGAGAUAGAGAUUGAGCUAAUGAUUGCUCGUCCUUGGCACCUUGACGAGUGGCGGGAACGACUGGCAAAGGGAGCAAGCAAGCAUAGUGUGAAGUGUAAUGUGACAGGGUGCGAUCAAGAGCUAUUAAGCUCCUUACAGCAUUAGCGUCUGUUAAUCACUGUUCUUCGCAUUGACAGAAAUACCACUAACCGUUUAUUUGCAAGGAAUGCCGAAGACAACGGCAGGAUUCUUCCCGUAACCUUGUUAUAUUAAAGGGUGAACAUUUAUUAUUUACAAGUGGUUAGUUGUACUGUGCGUGAUGGUUGUCUAACACCAAAUUCAGAUUUGGGUGAACUGGUUUUGGCAAUUUUUCCAUUUGGUUGAAUACUUGUUUAAAGGUGUUGUAUAAUUUGGAAAGCCAAAUAAAUUUAAAAAGAUGAUGCAGUGUUUGCAGAGAAAACCUAUGCCAGGGCUGUAUUCUUGCUUCAGCUCGGUCCGCUUGGCCAGUGGCUUUCCUCCUAUAAGGGUAGAGGGUGGGUGGUUGGGCAAAAAGAUGGAGACUGCUCUUUUUUGGUUGAAGAAAGGCUUAGGAGUUGGGAGCGAAAAACGAAAGGGAAUGGUAUCAAUCCUAGCCAGUCAGUGUAGUUAUGUUACUGGGCAAAGAGUACGACGUGCUUACCAGAUCUGCGAACUCUACAGCAGCUUGUACUCUGAGCGCUCAAGGCGUAGUCUAGUGAGUAGUCUGUGGAGAAAAUUUCAGAACAGGCAUUCCAGGACCUGCAAGCUUGUGGCAGCUUUGGCUGGCGUCUUUAUGUGGGAAGAAGAAAGAAUCCAGGAUGAAGAACUGCAGAGAUGUAUGAGAGACAUGAAAAACAUUGAGCGGUUGAACAAGCUUAUGAAGACUGGCCAGCAAGUUCUGGAAAUGCCUGACCAACCUAAGUGUGGAGAGUGCAACUCUAGCCUACCUGUGGAGCAACCGUGGGAGAUUGUUAUGAAUCGAAGAAACUUCCUUGUGUGGAGGAGGCCAAUCACAGGUAGUCAUCUGUAUGAAUAUCGAGUUUUAGGAUCAUAUACAGAUGUCACGCCCAGACAAUUCUUUAAUGUGCAGCUAGAUACAGAAUACAGAAAAAAAUGGGAUUCCCUAGUCAUUAAACUGGAAGUGGUUGAGCAUGAUGAUGUCACUGGGUCAGAAGUCUUACAUUGGGUCACGCAUUUUCCUUAUCCAAUGUAUUCUCGGGACUAUGUCUAUGUUCGAAGAUACCAGGUAGACUAUGAAAACAACUUAAUGGUUCUUAUAUCAAGGGCUGUGGAACAUCCUGGCUUACCAGAAAGUUCAGAAUUUGUACGGGUGAGGUCUUACCAGUCUAAAAUGAUCAUUAGACCACAUGCAUCCUUUGAUGAGAAUGGGUUUGACUAUUUGUUAACCUACAGUGAUGACCCUCAGACUGUAUUUCCACGCUACUGUGUCAGCUGGAUGGUUUCUAGUGGAAUGCCAGACUUUCUAGAGAAGCUUCACACUGCUGCUUUGCGUGCCAAGAACAUGGAGAUUGAAUUGAGAGACUAUAUUUCAAUGAAGCCUGUGGAAAACAAAAUGGCAUCCAGUGCAGAGCGCAUGACUGAGAAGAGUCGUGCAGGUCAGCAGCAAAUGGAGUAUGCCUAAGAAAGUUUGGAAGAAAAUGUAUAAAGAAACAUGUUAGAGCUACUGCAAGCAAAAAAGAAUUCUAAGCCAAAAAAGCAACAAUUUUGUGGGAAUUUUCCCAAUAUGUUUGCAUAAUGCCUUCUUUUUAUUGCUGGGAGAAAUCGGUGUAGUUUGUAAAGAACUUCUAAUGACUACUAAUGCUGAUUUAACAAACUAAGCAAAGAACUGAGCUCUGACUCCCUUUUCAUCUUUUUCUUAUUACAAAUAUGGAACUCUAGAUAAUGAUAAUCAUAGGAUGCUUUCCUCUUCUUUUGCAGUCACCAGCAUAGUAAAUAUUUUUUCCAUAUGACUGUAUGGUAAUAACUGUCACAUUUUAGAGCUGCAUUGGUUAUAAAUUUCAGAUUUUAGUCCUGCCUUAAAUCUACAUUCCUGUGGCGGCUAGGUUGGAAAAAAAGAAGAAAACCACAUGAUUGUUGAUCAUAAUGUUACAAAUCUGUCCUUAGAUUUCUACAGUUAUGAUAAUGUGCACCAGUCCAAACUAUUAGAAAAGUCCAAGACAUAGAUUCCUAUUUCUGUUUUUUUUUUUGUUUUUUUUUUUAAUGGAAUUACUUUUUAAAUUUGGUUAUUGGUGUCAUGUUUUCAUUUUAUUUGUUCUGUGUAGUUUGAAAAGGAACAUAUUUGAAACUGAAGUCUUUUUCUGGGAAAAAUUCAUUAGGAUUGUGACUUCAGAAGUGCCAUGAUUUCACUGGUGCCUACAUAAUACAAUCAAAUGCUGUGAUGUCUGCAGAAUUUGUAAAUAAGUAUGCAGUCCUGACAUUUUGGAUUGCAGUGUUUGUAGUGAUACUUACUCAGGCUUAUUUAUAUCAAAUACAAAUAUACAGAAGCUUAAUGUACCUUUAAAUUAUAUGCACUUCCAUUUCUUCUCCUGUUUCACCAUGCUGUUAAUUCACAUGACACCGCAGAGGAUGUAGCCAAUGUUUACAAAAUUUAAUUUUCAUGACCUGUCAUUUAAAAAUUGAGUUGCAACUUUCAAACAUAUGAAAUUGUAUCUCGGUGUUUAAUUCUUCUUUCUCUCACUGUUUAUCACAUUCUCAUUGUCUCAAUUUCAAUUACUUAUUCCCUGUCUUUCUUCUGUUUUUUAUUGCUUUUAUUCCCCAAGACUUUGCAUUGAUAUCUAUUACACAUCUGUGUCUCCAAUGUUGUUAAAAAAAAUACACAAUCCUAUGAUGUAUUUCUGUGUUUAAGCUGUCAUCAUCUACGUUAAAACUAUUUUUUUCAGUUUUUAAAAACCUUUUUAGUUAAUCAAUGAUGACCACCUUUUGAACAAAACAUUAUUUUUUACUUAAUCAGUGUUGGCCUGGGGGGUGGGGGGUGGGGGUAGGAAAUAAACAGAUUGUUAAUGUAAAAAUAGUUAAUUGUAUUGUUUGUGUAUGCUGUGUAAUUUAGCAUGGAAUGUGGAGUUUAAACUCCUCAGAAUCAAGAUUGAUAUUUUUUUACUUUGUCGGACCUCUCGAAAUAACAGAAGCUUUUUAACACUGACAGAAUGGUCAAACUAGUGAUUUCAAACCAGAGCUAAUCUUUAAAUUAAUGUGAGCAACUGUAUGCAAAUGAAGCAAGUAUUUCUUUGUAGUUCGUUAAUGCACCUAUCAUGUGACAAUGACUGACUGUUAUCUCUCACAUUCUAUUAUACAAAAUUAGGAAAUGAUUCCACAGAACUGAAAACUGUUACAUAGUACAAUAAUUACAUGCCUGGCCUUUCUGAAAUAUUAAAGGUUUAUGUGGCCAUGCACUUCAUAAGUGUUAUUUUGUUGUUAAAAAGGGGGGGAUUUAGAAACUAAAUUGUGUGGAUAUGCAGCUGUACUGCUUCAGAGAAAAAAAUUAAUGAGCACAGCUUUCCAGUUUACUUCAUAAGUCUAAGCUUGUAGCUCCUGAAGAGGAAAUUUUGUAAAAGAAUUAUGUUUGCACUGUUUUCUGUCCUAAGUGUAUGUCAAAUUGAACAAGCUAUUUGCUAGGUACAGAAUUAUUGCAGAGUUUGAUUUUGUUGCCCUGUUAACACUGACUGUGAACUCUUGCAGCUGACCUGUUUUUGCACUGGAAAUGACCGUGUCAGUUAAUCUGUGGCAAAUUCGAGCCUUUUAUAUUUUAGAUCCAUGUAACAUUAUAGUUGUUUUUGAAAAAGUGUAGACAGUUUAUAAAAGGACAGCGAUGUGACUGCCUUGUCGUGUUAUGUGUAAGUUGGUUUAUUGUGAAAGCAUUUUUUUACCUCUUUCUUUGAUGUAAAAAGAUAAGUUAAAUUGAGAGGGGUUGUUUAUUGUGCUUGUUGCCCAGACUCUCUCUUUAUUUGCUCUAUCUGAAGUUUGUUUCUUAAGAUUGCCUAUCCUGCUGCACUAUUAGAAGGGUAUGAUUGUAUAUUUAUUUAAGAAACUGGAAUACUGAUGGUAUGAAGUACAAUAUGUGCAAAUAGUAACAAAUAAAGUGAGUGUGUUUUA